AUGAAACAAUGGUUCACAAAAGUCAGAGAAAAAUAUGCCCGAGUUAUAGGACCACUGUUGCGCCAAAAAGCCGAAGAUCUUGCGAAAAAAAUGGGUAAAGAUGAUUUUGUGGCAACAGAAGGUUGGUUUCACCGAUCGAAGAAACGCGAAAACAUUUCAUUCGUUAAGCCACAUGGAAAACAGGGAGAUGCAGACCAAGUAGCUGCACGGUCGGCAUUACCUGAGCACACUUACGUGUUUAAAAAUGAAAAAACUAGAGGAACUAAAACUAGUAAAGAUUGUCUAACCAUAUUAUAA